AUGGAAAAGAGUGGCUGGGAUUACAGUACCGGACAUGACGAAUGGCGUCUCAGUGAACGCCUUCGACAGCUGAAGUGCCCCUAUGAAGAUGUUGACUUUGCCACAAUGGAUAGCGAAGGACACAUGUAUGUUCAUCCACAUUUCACAAGAUAUCCAAAUGUUACCACCGACGUGAAGUGCAAGGUUAUAUUCCUUGAAGGAGGAAUACGAAACAGUUCGACCAAUCAAGGAGCCAGUCAAUUUGCUGAAGUGGGCAGUGUUGAGGCACCAGAGAAUGCUCGAUUCUUCGUCAACGCUGAUGCUUUUUACAUUCGUUGCCAUCAAAAGGAUAAACAAGACACGGAAUCGUUUGACAAAUUCGGUGGACCACGGAAAAAGCAGUCAGUCAUCAAAGAAAAGCCAAAGCGCUACUCAAUCGAUAUCCUGGCUUUUGAUUCAACUUCACGAUUGAUGUUCAUGAGGCAUGUGCCUAGAACCUUGGAGUUGAUGAAUAAACUCGGUUACGAGAUAUUAUAUGGAUAUAACAAGGUAUGUUGCUUAAUUGUUGGGUACAUAGACAAAAAAAUAAUGUUAUGA